AUGCGGUGGUUGCCGUCGUCGUGGCGAUCAGUGGUCGCCCUAGCGGCCGCGUUGGCGUGCGCUGCAGACGCCGCGAGGAUAUUGGCCGUGGAGACGAUGGCCGGUAUGAGUCACUGGAACUUUAUGAGCGGCGUGCUGGGGGCGCUCGUCGACAACGGACACACGGUCACCGUAUUUACGCCGUUUCCUACGGCGGACGGUGGCCGCCGGUGGGCCAACUACACUGAGGUGGACCUGUCCCGGGAACUCCUGGCCACACGAGACGUUCAGAUAGCGGACGUCAUACAACGGUGGGACUCACCCGUUGGCCACAUGUUCGAGUGGGUACGCCGAAGUCGGUUCAUAUGCGACAAGGUCUACGGCCACCCGGCCACGAGGGACUUUCUAAAGUCACACCGGGACGGCCGCACGCCGUUCGACGUCGUCAUCGUCGAGCCGUUCGUGUCGGAUUGUGUGUCGUACAUGGCCAGCAGGUUGGGCGUACCGCUCAUCUACGCCACGGCUGUGCCGUCAAUCGGGUUUAUGGAACGAGUGCUCACCGGCCACGCGGCCAACCCAGCGGCCACGUCGCACCUGAUGGCCGAUCACGGGAUUCCCAAGACGUUGGCGCAAAGGCUGAGCAAUUCAGCUCUUUUCGCGUACUCUAAUAUAAUGAUAGAAUACGCGGACAUGGUGGUCAGGUACACCGAGCCCAGGGAGUACGAUAUGGUGCCACCCAUCACGCCGUCCCUGAUUUUCGUCAACAGCCAUCACGUCAGUGAACCACCCAACCCCAUCCUGCCGUCCGUCAUCCAAGCCGGUGGUAUACACCUGAAACCGCCCAAGAGGUUGCCGGAGGAUAUAUUAGAGUUUAUAGAACAAUCUCCACAUGGUGUCAUUUAUUUCACUUUUGGUUCAACUGUUAAAAUGUCUUCGAUACCGGAAUAUAUUAAAAAUGCGUUCAUUGAUGUCUUGAGUAAAGUUCCUCAGAGAAUUUUAUGGAAAUAUGAAGAUGAAUUAAAGGAUAAACCAAAAAACGUAAUGAUGAAAAAGUGGCUUCCCCAACGAGAUAUACUCAUGCACCCUAAUGUUAGAUUAUUCAUCAGCCAUGGUGGUAUAUCUGGAUUAUAUGAAUCUGUGGAUGCCGGUGUCCCAGUCCUUGGAUUUCCUUUAUUUGGUGAUCAACAUAGAAAUAUUGAUAAUUUAGUAAAUGUUGGGAUGGCGAUCUCCAUGGACUUAUUUUCUGUGUCUGAAGAAACAUUGUUAAAAAAUGUUUUAGAACUUAUCAACAACAAAAAGUACAAGAUUAAUGCUAAAAUUACUUCGAACAUAUUCAAAGAUCGACCAAUGACACCAGCACAGUCCGUUGUUUACUGGACAGAGUAUGUUCUUCGUCACAAAGGUGCACCACAUUUAAAAUCUCAUGCGAUUAAUCUAACAUGGUAUCAAUAUUACUUAUUGGAUGUUCUUUCUUUAGCAAUAAUUUUAAUUUCAGUAGUUCUUUUUGCAAUCUACAAAAUUUUUAAAUGUAUUAAUAAAUGCACCUCGAUAUGUUAUCAUAAUGUGAAACCAAAGAUCGAAUAGGCAAAAAACUAUAAUUAUACCUUUAGGCUAUUAGUAAUAAAUUAUAAUGUUAUAUUACAAAACUAUUGCAUACAAACAUAAUUUAUUUAAUUAUUUACAUUUUUUUGCAUUUGUUAUUUUUACACAUGUAUAUAGUAUAUCAUGUGUACUGACAUAAAUCUGUCAAAGUGUAUAACCUUCUUAACCUAACCUAUCGAUGUACUGACCCCAGGAGUAACGAUCGAUUUUCCUAAAAAUUUACAAAACCGUGAUUUUCACAAUUGAAAAACAUUUUUUUUCGUCUUCAUUAUUCUCUACGUGUGUCAUUAUUGCCUAUUGGGGUAGGUACAAUUAGGUAUAAUUUAUAUAAUAAAUGACAAUAAGUAUAAUAUCCAAGAAAUUAUUAUUUAAAUUACUAAAAUUGUAUUUA